UUGCAGUGGUUAAGGAACCCUCGGGAAGGGUGCAACGUUUUCAAAGCUUAGUUUGUAAUAGAUUUCUAUGUGUUGCUCGGUAUUGUAAAAGAUCAAUUUAGUUCUGAUCUUUAGAUUGAGUUCUGCCACAACAUAGGAUGAAUUUAUACUAAAUGUGAGAUGUAGGAUGAUUUCAUUAGUGCCUUAGGAACUGAAAAAGAGAUUCUUUUCCUUUAUCCCAUGAAAAGAAGUUAGACAAUGGACUUAUCGGUUAAUUUAGCAAAGACGACGCUAGGAUUAACCUAGCUUCAAGGCCGUUCCCCGACAGAAUCAACGACGUAGGUAAUGUCUCGGUGAAAUACUUGAACGUCUUUUAUGAUGGGAUAUGUUGAUACUCAGCGACCCGCUAUUGUAGGAUAUUCAUCAUAAAAAAGUAUAUCAUGUACGUCACCAUGCGCUGUGAAUUCUUUACUUCAACACCGGCAAGUUGCUACUUGACGUUAAUUUGAAUCGGACUAAGUAAAAUUAUCGAGCUAGCUAGCAGCGACGAACUGUGAUCGGAUUGGAUUAAUUGAAGCCGCGCUAGUAAAGAGAACAUCACCAUGUCGCUCUCUUCUAAAUCGGCUGGCUACGCUAAUGGCGCAUUUGAAUAUUCUGUCGACGACAAAAGGAACAGCUGUGAGCUUGAAAGCAAACGCCAUUCAAAUUCUACCGAUACCAGUACAUCAGUCGGAUCCGGUGUCCCGAACGUUUUGGAUACUGAAGGAGAUCAGCAACCGCAACGAGAAAACUGGGGUAAUCCAGCUGAAUUUCUCUUGUCAUGUAUAUCAAUGUCUGUUGGUUUGGGAAACAUUUGGCGAUUCCCUUACGUCGCGUAUGCAAAUGGAGGUGGAGCGUUUCUUAUACCCUAUCUCAUCGUGUUGUUCUUCAUCGGACGUCCACUCUAUUUUCUCGAGAUGAUUCUUGGGCAAUUUUCAAGUGCGGGUUCAGUUAAAGUAUGGGAAGUUGUUCCCAUUGUCAAAGGUAUCGGGUAUGGCCAAGCGUUGGCAACUUGGUAUGUCGUUACGUAUUAUUGCGUCCUUAUGGCGCUGGCCUUCUUCUACCUGUUCUCAUCCUUCCAGGCAGUCCUACCUUGGACUGUUUGCAAGGCUGAAUGGUCCACCAAUGAAACUGCUUGUUACAAUAGUAGUGGUAACUUGACUGGGUUGGACAUAACAAACACCUCAAAAUCAAGUGCUGAGCUGUUCUUUUAUAAAGAUGUGUUGAAACUUGCGGAGAACUUCGAUGAUGGACUGGGACUUCCUGAAUGGCGAUUGAGUCUCUGUCUUCUACUUUGUUGGAUACUGAUUUUUGCAACGCUCGCCAAAGGAGUGUCUUCAUCGGGGAAAGUGGCCUACUUUACUGCACUCUUCCCGUACGCGGUACUAAUCACGCUGUUGAUUAGAGGUGUAACACUACCUGGAGCAAGUGAGGGCAUUCUAUAUUUCGUCACGCCUCAAUGGGAAAAAAUUGCAACAGCUGAGGUAUGGUACGCAGCUGUGACGCAAUGUUUUUUCUCCUUGUCGGUGGGUUUCGGUCCAAUCAUCACUUUUUCUAGCUACAAUCCAUUCCGUCAUCCAGUUUAUAGAGAUUCGACGAUUGUGAGCUUGGCUGAUACGGGUACUAGUAUCUUGGCUGGAAUAACAAUCUUUUCAAUUUUGGGCAAUUUGGCUUACGAGUCAGGAAAACCUAUUGAAGAGGUCGUCAAAGGUGGCACUGGAUUAGCAUUUAUUUCAUAUCCGGAAGCCAUUUCUAAGUUCGAUGCUGUCCCACAGUUGUUUGCUGUUCUUUUCUUCUUGAUGUUAAUCACGCUGGCCAUCGGUAGUGCUGCUGGAUUAACAAGCUGCGUUAUUACGAUCCUCUGUGACGAUUUUCCAUCCGUCAAACGUUGGAUCAUCACCGCUAUCGUUUCUGUUGUCAGUUUCUUCAUCGGGCUGAUCUACGUAACACCAGCGGGUCCUUACGUCCUGGAUCUCGUGGAUUAUUUCGGAGGGGGUUUCAUCAUUUACGUCCUCGUCAUCGUUCAAACUAUUGCUCUUUGUUGGAUUUACGGAUUGCACAAGAUUCUGCGAGAUGUACGGUUUAUGCUGGACUUUGGCUUAGGCAUUUACUGGAAAUUUACCUGGUGCAUUUUCAUCCCGAUUGCUUUGCUGGUCAUCUUCAUCUAUGCAAUGGUCAGUUACAUGCCCAUGAGAACCGGUGAUGGUCAAGUUUAUCCAUCAGGAGUGUCAGCCAUUGGUUGGAUUCUCGCGGCGAUUGCUAUUUUGCAAAUUCCUUGCUGGGGAAUUUACGUAGUGUACAAGCAGAAAUCCACCAUAAUGGAUGCUCAAAUGCUUGGCCUCAGCAAUAUAAAUAGCUCUUCAAGCUGGGCACGUCUAGAAAAGAGAAGAAAGUAUCUUGUUGAUAAAUUCUGGAUUAGUUUGCGGCCAUCUCUGGAAUGGGGUCCUAAGGAUCCAGAGCUCAAACGCAGAUGGAUCGAAUACUGCAAAAUACCGAAAUCUUUCAAUUGGAAGCUUUUUUUGCCUCAUCCGAAAAUACCCGUAUGGAUGAAGAAACGAUAAACAUCAAUAACAAAGCUACGCUUUUUAAAACCAAAGAUUCUUUAACAAGUAUUUUUUGGCGACGACUAUUCAAAUGUUGCCAUGGGUAUUUGUACAAUUGAGUACAAUAUAUAAUUAUUGAUUUCA